UCGUGGGUAAGAAUUUUUUAGUCUGUGCACUUGUACGUUUUAUGUCUUUUCUGUGGUUCUUCCAUCUGUCUGACGAAAGAAAACGAAACGAACGACAGACUCUCUUCGGUUGUUGUAUCUAGUUGUUUACGAGCAAAACGAUCGUUUGUCGGCUUCGAACGAAAUGUAUAAAAGGUCGAGGUCGAUGAGCUGCUGGCGUUACCGGGGGAAUCAGUUUAGGAACGAGUUCGGCCACUAGCCGGGGAUAUGUCGGACCGUGGGGGAGUGCGGUCCAGUGCUCGGCUUAGCGGUGAGAGCACAGCGGCCAUAGCAGCCCCGGCUGCAGCCCGUACUGCUCCACAGGGCCGCGGCCGGCCAGUGUCAACGACGGCGGCAGCCGCUCAGCGACGCGCGCGUGCUGCUGAGCGCGCCGCGGAGGUUGAGGAUAGCCCACGGGUGCUUCGAGAUAAGUGUCGCCGCCUCGCACGGGCUCUCCGGAAUGCUAAACACCUGGUGGUGUACACGGGAGCGGGUAUCAGCACGGCCGCCGACAUUCCCGACUACCGCGGCCCGCACGGUGUCUGGACGCGGCUGCAGCGCGGCGAGACUGUCGGGCGGGUGGAGGUGUCGCGCGCGCAGCCCACCUUUACGCACAUGGCGCUGACGGCGCUGUGGGCGCGCGGGGCGCUCAAGUUCGUGGUGUCGCAGAACUGCGACGGCCUGCACCUGCGCGCCGGCCUGCCGCGCCGCGCCCUGGCCGAGCUGCACGGGGACAUGUUCGCGGAGCUGUGCGCGCCCUGCCGCCGCGUGUACCUGCGCGCCUUCGACACCACGGAGCGCACGGCGCGCCACGCGCACGGCACGCGCCGCCUGUGCCACGCCUGCGGCGCCGAGCUGCGCGACUCCAUCGUGCACUUCGGGGAGCGCGGCCGCGCCGCCUGGCCGCUCAACUGGGCCGGCGCGCUGCGCCACGCCGCGCGCGCCGACGUCGUGCUGUGUCUGGGCUCCAGCCUCAAGGUGCUGCGCCGCUACCCGCGCCUGUGGCGCAUGCAGAGCGCGCCGCGCGCGCGGCCCGCGCUGUACAUCGUCAACCUGCAGUGGACGCCCAAGGACUCGGUGGCGGCGCUGAAGAUCAACGCGCGCUGCGACGCGGUGAUGCAGCAGGUGGCGCGGCGCCUGCGGCUGCGCGUGCCGCGGUACCGCGCCGCGCUCGACCCCGUGCUGGCGCACGCCGAGCCGCUGGCCGAGCCCGAGGCGCACACCACGCGCCGCGUGCCGCUGCAGGUGCCGCGCGAGCCCGACGCGCGCGCCGACCACUGGGAGCCGUCCUCGCCCUCGGCCUCCGACUCGGACGAGGAGCUGCCGCUGGGCCACCUGGCGGCGCGCCUGCGGGCGGAGGCCGGGGCCGGGGCCGCGCCUAUUACAAAAUUAAAAUGAGUUUUGUUCCAGGUGAGCAUGCACUCCGGCGAGGCCACGAUACUACUUCGCGCCGAGCACGCCGCGCCCGACCUCGACCUACUGCGCCUGCGCCGCUUCCGCAUGCCGCGAGUCGCGCCUGCGCACUCCCGUCUGCGGCGCUUGCUCGAGUACGAGCCGCGCAUACAGCGCGACGCCGACGACCACAAGCCCGCCGACUCCGAGCUGCGGCCCAAGCUGGAGCCCGAGCUGCGGCCCAAGCUGGAGCCCGAGCUGCGGCCCAAACUGGAGGGCGACGCGCGCGUCAAGGACGAGCCCAAGGAGGAGGCCAGCACGUCGGAGUCGGCGGGGUCGCUGGCCGCCGCCAUCAUCCGGCGCGCCGUGCUGCUGUGCCGCGCCUCGCUGUACCCCGGCCUGCACACCAUCAUCGCGCCGCCCGCCGCGCCGCCGCCCGAGUGCGCGUGGUGCGCGCGGCACUACGCGGCGCGCCGCUGCCUGUGGUACGGGCCGCCGCGCGAGCCGCCGCCCGCCGCGCGCGUGUGGCGCGCGCGCGGCCGCCGCUACCUGUGCGCCUGCUGCGGCGGCCCGGACGCGCCGCGCGCCGACCCGGACGACGGCGGCUGGUACGGCAAGGGCUACCGCAAGGGCCGGCGCCGCCGCAGGUAGCCCGAGCCCGACGCCCGGCCGCCGUCGCCGCGCGCGUCGGGCGUCGUACUCCACGACCGGGCCGCCUCGGACGGCCUCCGAGUCGCGGACUGUUGCGGCGAGUCUUCGGACGGACGUUGACGUCGAGGACUAGAAGCACGUAC